AAUAAUCCAAUAGGAUUGUUGUUAGAAAAGGAAUGUCUCCGGCUAAAGUCGUCUGCCAAGUUCUUGUAAACGUAAAUAUAAUGAGAUGACAGUUUUACCAGUUGUAUAUUGGUAUAGCCUAUUAUUAUCAAAUAAAUAAUCUUAAAUUAGUUUCGAAAUGUAUAAUUAAAUAAACAAAAUGGAAUCGUAUCUGAUUUACUGUAGACAAAAUUUGGAAAAUUUGAAAAAGUUUAAAGAAGUAUAUGUUGUAUUAGGAAAUGAAACCUGUGAUUUAGAUUCAGUUGUUUCAUCUCUUGUCACUGCAUAUUUCUUGCAUCAUAUCAAAUCAACCAAGGACAGAAUUAUUAUUCCUGUUCUCAACACUUCACGGAAAGACCUCUUUUUAUACAGUGAAGUUACAUAUUUUUUAGAAGAAACAAAUCUUUCUAUUGAUCCAAUUAUAUGUAGAAAUGAAAUUGACCAAAAGGAACUGCACACAAAAAGGCUUCUGUAUUUAGUUCUGGUAGAUCACAAUGUUCUUCCAUUUUUUGAUGCUGAAAUGGAAUCUUCUGUAAUUGAAAUAAUUGAUCAUCAUAAACAAGAACAUAAUAUGAAGAAAAAGGCCUUCUCCACUCUGUCGUCUCACACCCACGGAAGUAGGGCAAAGGUGGAAAGUUCUCGAACUUGGGGAACAAAGGAAAAUCAAGAACAAAAGGGAAAUUCAUAGUCUAGGAAAGGGAAGUGAUAGAAAUUGAUAGUCUAGGAAAGGAAGUGAUAGAAAAUGAAAAUAGCAUAACUUAAAAACUAUGAAUAAAU